GCGAAGCGAGACAGAGAGAGAAAAAACUCGUAAUCUGCAAGCCAACAAUGAAAAGAGGCUUGCGUAAAGAAAGUCGUCAAGAUCGGAGUGAAGAGGGCUUUUUAAAAGCAUCACGAACUGCGGACAUGUACGAAUUAGGAGCAAGAAGAUGGCGGUUUGCGUUGAUGGGCAGGAGAUCAUCAGAGAGGCAAGACGUAUGCGUGAACGUUUUCUUGCGAAUCGGUGUCUUGCACACCACCAUGGCCAUCCUAUGGCAUCUCUUGGUCAUUUUUCACAGCAGGGCAUACUAGUCAUGUGGGAUGUGCGACGGGCUUUGCUGAAGAGGGUGUGCAGGCCGCUGUUCAGGCACCGGUGUGUUUGCUUCUGGACAGCAACAGAGCCAGUCGAAUCAACAUUUUCGAGAAACUUCUUGGGCCUGUCAUUCGUCCUAUCUUGUACCAUGGGUUUCUUCGCGGUCCGAUCCCUUGUUUUCCAGACCAUAAAGGGCAAAUGGGAGAUUUCGAGGCGUGCUCUACUGGAGGGCCUAAUUUAUCAAAGUAGCUGCUGGCGUUGGCGCUGGCGCUGGACUGUCUUUCGUUUCCGGGCCUUUCUCUCUUCUCCGCAAUCUUCCAGUCUUAGUCCUGCUCGUCAAUUCAUGCUUUCCCUGUAUUCCGUAGUUGCAGCUUUGCCUAUUCAUGCAUGUAAUCUUUUUACCUUUUGUGCUUCGCCAUAAAUGAUGAUCAUUAUGAAUCAAGCUUGACGCGGCGGGGCAGAUACACGAGGAGCCAAGAGUCAGAGGGCGCGUUGUCGCGCACGGCAUGACUCUCCCUUCCCUUUUCACCCACAUCUGACCUUGAGCAGCUCGCAAGCCGACGCAUCAGAAGGAGAAAUGGGAUGGGCCGUGUCCCCUUUUCCAUAUCGCGACCAGUUAUUCCCCAACGUCCGGGCGCCAUCAUGUGCCGGCUAGACGCUUGGUCUAGGAGGCGGUCCUUGGACUGAUCUACUCUGCCCUUUCGCGUGAGCGGUGAAGGGGAGAGCCG